CAGAAGUAGCAGUAAGGACUGGUGGAGGGAGCGACUGCGACUCUCACCAUGUAUCAAUUGGCGAAUGUCUACAUAGACUAAACUCUAUCAAAUACAGCCUGAUUGAUUAUUAGAAGGUUAGAAUUUGGUUAGGUUGUUUCUUGGUCAGUCUCCCGGUCAGUCCGGUAGUCAGAGAGAGAAAGAGAGGGAGAGAGAGAGAGAGGAGUGCAGGGUGAUGCGCCGCUGAAGGCUCAGGUUUCCGGUCAUGGAGAAAGCGAAGGCACAGUAGCGUGGAUGUGUUGACACAGGCGACGUGAACAUACAGGCUUUGUGUCGUUUUAAAGGCGAUAUCAGCGACGAUGGAGCGGAGAGACGAGUUUCUGUGUGGGGUGGUUGAAGGUUUCUACGGGCGACCAUGGUCCAUGGAGCAGAGGAAGGUCCUGUUUCAGUGGAUGCAGAGAUGGGGUCUGAACACUUACCUCUAUGGCCCUAAAGAUGACCUGAAGCAUCGGCUGCUGUGGAGAGAGGUGUACUCUGCUGAAGAGGAAGCCCAGCUGAAAGCUCUAGUGUGUGAGGCUGAGUCAAGGGGUUUGAGAUUCGUCUAUGCGCUCUCUCCUGGUCAGGACAUCGUCUUCUCCAGCUCGUCUGACCUCACGCUGCUCAAGCGCAAACUUCGACAGGUAGCAGAACUGGGCUGCCAGGCGUUUGCCAUCCUGUUUGACGACAUCGACCACUCUAUGUGCCAAGCCGACACUGAGGCCUUCUCCUCGUUUGCUCAUGCUCAGGUGUCUGUGGCCAAUGAGAUCUUCCGUUUCCUGGGGGAACCUCCCGUCUUCCUCUUUUGCCCCACUGAGUAUUGCGGGUCUCUCUGCUCUCCCAGCGUGUCUAAGUCCCCAUAUCUGCUGACAGUGGGUGAGGACCUGCUGCCUGGCAUCUCUGUCAUCUGGACAGGGAGCAAGGUGAUCUCACGGGAGCUGAGUGCUGAUUCGCUGGUGGAGGUGCAGUCGGUGCUGCAGCGCCCUCCCCUGGUGUGGGACAAUCUUCACGCUAAUGAUUACGAUUCUCGCCGCGUCUUCCUGGGGCCUUUCAAGGGCCGGCCACCUGGCCUGCGGGCCCACCUCAGGGGUCUCCUGCUGAACCCUAAUUGCGAGUUUGAAGCCAACUACAUCCCUCUGCACACACUGGGGACCUGGCACAAAGCAGGGAAGGAGGAGAGAGAAGGUGAAGAGCAUCAGUACUGUCCCGAUCAAGCUCUUUCCGCUGCGCUGCAAGACUGGAUGGAUGAACUGAGUCAGCCGCUACAGCCUGGUCGGCAGAUCAGGCCUACAGAGCACAGGUCGUCAGGCCCCUCCUCCAAACACAAGCCUUCUGACAGCUCAGACAAUCAGCAUGGGGCUCAGUCCAAACCUGCCUCCACAGCGGGGGCCUGCUCCGCCCAGUCACAUAAACCUUCAGCUGCUAGGAAAGAGACAGUGGCGGGGCCCCUGCGGAGUGAAGAGCGGGCUCCUGGGGGCCACAGUCGAGAGAAGGCGCCAGGAAAGGGCCUGUGUGCUGGGAAGGGUCCGCUGAGCGAGGCGCAGGUGCGACUGCUGGUGGGCCUGUACUACCUGCCGCAUGAACACGGUCCACCAGCCCAGAGCCUGCUGCAGGACCUCACCUGGCUCAAAGCCAACUGCCACUACGUCAGUGUCAAUGGCAACGGCAAGAAGACCCAGCCACAGAAGGUGGAGGAGUGGCGGGCGAGGGCGGGCCGGUUUCUGGCUGCGUGUGAUGAGAUUGCUGCGCUGCAUGGCUGUGUGGUUAACAGCGUGAACAGGGCUGUGCUUUAUGACCUUUACCCCUACGUGUGGGAUCUGAGGAACACCAUACUAGUAGCCAAGGCCUUCAUCAGCUGGCUGGAGGGGCGUGUGAUGAGUGAAAGUUCUUCACUGGGUUCCUGGAAGAACUGCUUCCACUGGUGUGGGGCCUCAUCGGGGGCGGAGCUUCUAGGUGUGGAGGCAGAGCCCUGGGUGUUUAAAGGGGGACUCUCAGGGGAAGUACAGAUGCUUCUUCCUGUAGGCACCAGCAGUGAGCUGUUCAGCCACCCUCCUCCUCUCUUCCCCACCUCUCGCCUCUACAACAUACGCCCCUUCCAGCACAAAGACAAGGUGGAGCUAUACCGCAUGGUGCGUCAGCUACAUCAGAGGGCUAGAGGUCCUCAGGACUCUGCUCUGGCCCAUCCAGACUUCAUUGGUGACAGGUGUCUGGGUGCGUCCUUGGCGCUGUGCCCAGAGUACAGCUUUGUUCUGGAGGAUGAGCUGGGAGUGUGUGGGUGUGCUGUUGGCAUUCUUGACGUGCGCUCCUUUGCCAAGCGGUGUCAGGCCUCCUGGCUGCCUGCUAUGAGAGACAAAUACUCUGCGCGUCCACACGGAACCAACGGACACACUGCUACAAAGGAGGCACUGCAGAGUUUUCUUGAAGAGCAGGAUUAUCCAGACUCUCUGCUGUACCACUUCCCCUCUCAGCUGCGGCUGGAGGCUCUGCCUGAACUGGUCGACUGCAGCGUCAGCAGAAGCCUCCUCACCUCCCUGCUCACAGCACUCAAAGCCAACGGCUCCCAAGGUGUGUUUUGCGAAGUGCAGCCCACAGACCGUCUGAGGCUGGAGUUCCUCACUAAACUGGGCUUUCUGGAGAUCUUGCGGGGGGAGGCUCGCUCCACAGAAGGGCUCGUUCUUGGCAGACUGCUCUAGAGCCUUAAUCAGCCUAUGAAUGACCACCAGGGACCUACAUGGACUUUUCUGACAGAGAUACAGCAAAGGGCUCUGAAGUUAGAGAUUAAAGGAAUACUCUAGCAUUUCACCUCUGUAGUAUAUGCUUGAUUGCUAUGGACAAUAAUAUUACAUUUUCCUUUUUUAAAAGAAACAGAAACAAAAAAUGCAUUGAUUACAGAAAAAGCCAGAGGAAAAUGUGCUUCAGCAGCAGCCCUUUGACUUUUAUUAUAAGUAUGUUUUGAAUGCACAG